CUUGCAGUUCACGAAAAGGUCGCCUUGAUUUGCUGUUGCGCAAUCAUGAAAUCACAUGGACGCCGGCUCCAUUUGAAACGCCCGGCAACCAUAGCUGGACGCGUUGCGACGUUCCAUCAUACAAAUGUUCCUCCUUUACUUCCUUCCCUGCAAACCCCAUGUCGUUUCUUUCCCGCGUCUGCGGCUGGCGUGGAGCUUAAAUAUUUGACGGUAAUGGAGCAACGCGUACUAUAAAAUGGUUACUUCCGCCGGAUGUCCCCUUCGCAAUUGUUAUUUUGUGCGGCAGCCAUGGAUGCUCUGCCGUGCUCUGCUGCAGUCACAUUUGUGAGCCAGGAGAAGAAGAGGGCCACGGAAAUGCAAGGUAUUACUUCUGUAACCCAGCCUAUGAUUUGUAAUUGAGGAGGAUCGAACAUGCGCAGCGCGUACUCUUGUAGGACUAGCCAUGGAAGAGGUCGACAUGGACGUCAAGGGUUCGAAACUGCUCCGGAAGUUUGUCAAGGUGUGCAAGAGAAUAGUGCGAUCCGAUGCCAGAUCUCGUUAUUCUCGCCUGGAUACGGCUGCAGAUCACUCCUGCACUCGAAGCGACUCGAACCGGCGACCUUUUCAGGCGGCAGAUCCCUCUUGCACUCAAAGCCACUCGAACCGGCGACCGUUUCAUGCGGCAGAUCCCUCUUCUACUCAAAGCGACUCGAACCGGCGACUUUUUCAGGCAGCAGAUCACUCUUGCUCUCGAAGCGAUUCGAACCGGCGACCUUUACAUCCGGCAGAUCCCUCUUGCACUCGAAGCGACUCGAACCGGCGACCUUUUCAGGUGUCAAAUUCCUCUUGCAGUUGCAGCGAUUCGAACCGUCGACCUCUCCAUACCUUGUCCCAUACCUUGUCUCUUCCAGUUGCCAGUAAUCAACUCCACGGCCCCGACAGCGAUGCGAAUCCUAAAAGUUCAGGCAAUUGCUUUAAUCUUAUGGCUGAUCGCAAAUGGUAUAUCCGACGCCGGCUGUCUUGUCGUCUCAGCUUUGUUCAGAGAAAGGAGGGCAAUAAGGUUAGUAAUAAUAUUAAGAACAAUUGCCCUCCUAAGGAUGUUCCAAAGGGAUUCAUUGCUGUAUACGUGGGGGAUAUGCAAGAAGAGCAGACGCGCUUUGUGAUUCCUGUUUUUUAUUUAAAUCAUCCGCUCUUCUUACAUUUGCUCAAGGAAACCGAGCAGGUUUAUGGCUUUAGUCAGAAGGGCGUUUUUACGAUUCCCUGUCAAGUUUCAGACUUCGAAUAUCUGCAGUGGCUCAUUGAAAGAGAAAGAAAUCAGAAAUUAACACCAUAAUCCGUCUACAUAUUUUUCUGAAUAGAAAUCUGAUUAUUUUCUAUGUGA